AUGCCUAAUCCUAAAGAGACUACUUCAAAUGACUGCAAUGACACUCAAACUACAGGUUGUAGUUCCAGAAAACCGAGGGAGCAUGAAGAAACCCAGGGUGGAGACAUUCCAAAACUCUGUCCUCCUAACAUCCCAUCUUCCAAUUCUCCCCAAAUUCAUUCUAUCUCAGAGCUCAUGGAAACAGCAAAUGAAGUCUCAAAAAUGACAAUAGCCCAUGAAAUUGUUGUCAACCAUGACUUUAAACUGCAAGAAGUGAAUUUAUCACCAAACAGUUUAGAAAGCAGAGUGAAAGAAACAGUGCACAAAGCUUUUUGGGAUAAUCUGAAAGAACAGCUUUCCAAAGUACCACCAGACUAUUCUCACGCUGUCAAGCUACUUCAAGAAAUCAAAGAAACUCUGCUGGCUUUGCUUCUGCCACGACAAACACGUUUAAAAAGUCAGAUUGAAGAAGCACUAGACAUCGAAUUGAUAAAACAAGAAGCUGAGCAUGGAGCUUUGAAUAUUCCCAGCCUCACUACAUAUAUCUUAGGCACCAUGGCAAUGCUCUGUGCACCUAUCAGAGAUGAAGAAAUUCAAAGUCUGCGAAUCAUGUCAGACCCAGUUCAUUUGCUCAGAGAGAUCUUCCGAGUUCUGAACCUUAUGAAAAUGGAUAUGGUCAACUUUACCAUACAAAGCCUUCGACCCCAUCUCUUGGAGCACUCUGUGCAAUAUGAAAGGAAAAAAUUUCAGGAACUCCUGAACAAACUACCAGGCAGCUUAACUUAUACAACUGACUGGCUACGCAAGGCAAUAACCAAAGCAUCAAAUUCUGAUUUGCUUCCUUCUUCAUCCACCUCUGGAACUAAUGGACCACCUGUUUCCACUUGUCCCAUGUCUGCUGGAAAAGUCUCAUUUAUUCAUAGUCCUACUGCUGUGUUAAAUCAAGCGUAUAUGGAUUUGCUGGACUGGGAGCCUGGAACAGAACACUAUCCCGAGACUAUGUUGAUGGACAAAGCACGUUUGCAUGCUCUACAAGGAGAAGUGAAUCGGCUAGUCAUUAUUGCUUCAGUCUUAUUAGUGAGCAGCAAUAUAUGUGGAAAUGAGUUAUUCAGUUCACCAGGAGGUGGCAAUAAGCUGAAAAGAGUAAUAAAAGCUCUUCUGGAAGGUCUCCCUGAUAUAAGAUCAGAAAAUGCCUUAAUGGAUAUCAGCAAUCAAAUAUGCAUGGAAGUAGAUGCCAUAUUUAAUCAGUUGGGUUACCCUGCACUCAGUACUGAUAAGGCUACUUCACUCAAAGGCCAACUUAGGAACCUUGGAGAUAAAAACAAUGCUGUACGGGUUCUAAUUGAGCAACGGAUCCAGACUUUUCUUAGACACUGUUUGUAUCCUGGUGGCCAAAAUGCUAAGAAUCUACUGCAAGGCCUUAAUCCGAUUCAGGAAGAAGUACUGGAAAUUGGUCAGAGGUUUGGUAGUUUGAUUCAUCACAACAGACAGGUAUUUGGUCCAUACUACUCAGAAAUACUGAAGAAAUUGCUGCUUCCAGGGGAAAAGUCUGAAACAGGGAAAGUUUCUUCUUAACAGCCUAACGAGGCAGAUCAUGGAUGGCAAGGAGAGGGGAGAUUCAAACUGACAAUUGUUCAGACAGUACUUUGGUGCUCAAUCCAAUGUGAUCAACGGAGCAGCUGUCCUGCUCUUUGCUGCUGUAUUCCAAACCGGGUCACUGAAGUCGCAAGGUACAGCUAAUAAUACCAAACUGACAAUGCCAAGUUUGCUGCAGUAAACCUUUAAACAGCUCAAAAUGUUGUCCUGUGAUUUUCAACUAGCUGGUACAUGUUACUUCAAUUGGGAAAAGUAACUUUAAUAUCCAAUGCCUAUGAUAAGAAUUUGUUUUAAUAUUUUCAACAAAACAUCAGUUAAUAUAGAAUAGUAGUUUUAAAAUACUCGGUACAGACUAAUAUACCACAACAACCCAUACAGAGAUGUCUAAUUUUAUUAAUUUACUCAGUUCUAACUCAUACAGUUAUGAAAAACAAACAACAAAACGACUGCUGGAAGCUCAGAAAUAUUUACAGUCUCGCCUUGUUGUAGUGAGGUCAGUCUAUGUUGUUGCACAGAUUGGUUAUGUUUGGUACCACAAAAAAAAAAAAAAAAAGAGGAAGAGAGAGAAUAACUUUUAUAUACAGAAAAUAAAAAGGAAAUAGUUCAAGUAUCAAAAUACAAAGACAGAUUAAAUAACAUUUUAUUACAAAUCAGUCCCACUGCCAUAUAUCACAAUUAGCAUAAAAGUGUUGAUAUUCAAACUGCCUAUUACGAAGAAUCUGCCUGCCUUCUUCAGAAGCAAGCAUAGCAGAAAAUCCUGCCGAUAGACAUUCAUACUGAUCAUGCAAACAGAGGCAGUGAAGGGGUGAAGUAUCACCCAGCAUUGUUAUUUUCACAGGCAAAGAAGGUAUUGAAAAAGUGAGGUAUCAUUAGAUACCUGUCUGCAAGAACAGCACAGCUCACCACUUGAAGCUGCUUUAGAAUUCUUUCCCAAAGAAGGCUGGGCAGAUUGUCAUGUACCUCAAAUUCAGGAUUUCUCUCACAAGCUAAGAAAGUCUAAAGGCCAGUUUCUGUGAGCUGAUACUAGUGUGUAAAAAUAUAAAACAAAAAAUAAAAAAAUCCUACAGGAGUUUUGAUUUUCAUAAACUGAUUUUCCAUUCAAAAGAUAAGCAGUAGCUCAUCCAUCAUAGCAUUUAUAAAGUGAUCUCAUCUUGGACUCAAAUGAAGUAAAAAUAAGCCUAUAAUUUUAGGUUAUCCAUUUUGAAAAGGCGUUCUAGCAAAAGCAGCAUAGGGAGAUGUUAUUUCAAGCACAAAUGAAUGCUUACAAUAAGUGUCAUAUUUUAAAUGGACCAAUAAACAGAUUAAGUGCCAGCAAUAGAUGGUAUUCUUCUCUGGGCGCUACAAAACCUCACAGAGAGACAAAAAUCUCAAAUACUUUGGAGUCUAGAAACAGCAAAAAUCGCUAGGAAAACUCAAGUCCAAAAUGGCUUGAAUUGCCUUCUUAAAAGGAAUGCUUAAUCAGGAGAUGCACCCAUGGAUAUUGCUAUGUCCAUGUAAACUCAGAAAGGAAGCACCAAAUUACUGGAAGAAGCAAGUUGGAAGCUUUCAUCAUCUUUGUCAAUAUGUUCUAAGGCUAAUUAUCCUAUCCUCCUUAGCAAAAAUGCAAUUUGCAUUCUUUAAGAACAGACUUACUGGUACAGUAAUAUUUAUACCAACACCAGCAUAUCAUUUACAUAUGCAUAUACAGGAAUGUUGUGUUUCAAGAAAUUCAUCUGAAUUAUUCCCAAAUCCAACUAUUUGGGAUAAGGAUAUUUUUUCCUCCUAUUUUUUUAACCAAAUAAAGUAAGACUAAAUUACAUCUUAAUGAUACAAACAAAAAUUGAAGAAAAUCAUUAAUACAAUGACAGGGUAUAUCAAACUAUCAUACCCACCAAAGCAUUAUUUGCACUUCCUCAUCUUUUUCUUGGAUAAGAUAGAGAUACUUAUUUAUCACAGUCAGAACUGAAGCCAGUGUUCAAGAUUGUGAAUGCUUAAGAUUA